UGAUACACACCGCCAUUUUUAAAUACCCUGUGUGAAUUGUAUUUUGUGUCGUGCAGCUGAAAAAUAAACGUGUUUUGAUCUAAACCAGAAGAAAUAUCAUCAUUUCCAGUAAAAAGUUGAAGUCUCUGAGCCACAAGUGACCAUUGCAGAUGUAUAUCACCAUUACGCCAUUGAUUAGUGAAUGCUGAAUUCACAGAAAGAGCUUGGCGGAUCCAAGGAGAUUUGUUCUGAAUUCUUCAAAUUGGGUCCAAGGAAUAUAAACUGAUUGAAUCCGCUCUAUGCUACGCCGCUUCUAAGGAUUGACCAGACUUCACACUUUCAAAGAUAAUCACUUUUCUCCAGAGACUGAAACAGUAUACCUCAAGGAUUGAAGAGACAUGGCUGUUCAGGGAGUUGUCAGACAACUGAGAGAUUUGGCCAAAGAUCCACAGAACAGGGAAAAGAUUGUCAAGGAUCAAGGUUGUUUACCUGGCUUAGUUUUAUUCCUGGACAACGAUGACCCUAUUGUUGUGUCAACUGCACUGGAGGCUAUACAGUACCUAUCAGAGAGCGCAGUCAAUCGUCCACUCAUGAAGAAAGAACUUGGAAUGCUGGUUAGCCUAGAAGCUAUCACAAACAAUGCUGAGAGUGACACAAGGAGCAAGAACCUCGCCCGUAGCAUCCACAAUCGACUGACUGCCCCACCCACCCCCGGCCCCUUGAAGGAGAGUAGUAACCCCAACAUACCCAAGGGGAGCAGGGGCGGUGGAAUGCACCCUGGUAGCAAGUUCUUUGUCGGUACUAGCAAGAAAAAGAAAUCGAAAAUCCUCACACUACAGAUUAAUGGCCUUAUGAACAUUGAGUGCCGUAGAUCUUGCGAAGAAGAGCUGUUGAAAGUCAAAGGGGUUGUUAGUUUCACCUUUGACCUUUUGAAGAAACGUUGUGAGCUGAGGACCAGAAUAGACAUGAAACCAGAGGUGCUUAUUGCUGCCAUUUCAAGGACGGAGACAAUGUCAGCCGAGCAAGUCGUUAAGAAUGAACAUGGUGAAGAGGUGAUCCUAUCCUUCGGUGCCAACCCAGCCAUGGCCAACAAGGAGAACAGCCAUCACAGUCUACCAGACUACCUCCCGGAGGACAACAGUCCUAUCAGAGGGUGCCACAACAAGGCCAUCAAGAACAUCGACCAGGGUGACGAGGAGAGGCGAGGUAGUUGGAUCGGUGCUGCUGCAUCAUUCAUAUCCACCAAUUUCUACUGGUGAUGGGUUAGAGAGUCAAUGUCGUGAACUUUGUACUGUGUGACCGAAGGGU